GUAGCCCUGGGUUUGCCAGAGCCGGAAGUGAGCCUGCUAUGGCUCACAGGCCGAAAAGGACUUUCCGGCAGCGCCGAGCGGACUCUAGUGACAGCGACAGCACCCAGGAACCAUUUGCUGAACCCGGGGCGUCGAGGGAGCAGGCAGACCUGGGCCCUGCGGAGGAAGGGCUGCCGUCUGGAGGAGGCCGCGCGGAAGCGGCGGAACUACCCCGCCGGGCCCGGGGCCGGGGCCGCGGCCGUGUCUGGGCCAGUUCCCGGCACGCCGCGAGAGCGGCUGCGCGUUUGGACGGAGGCUCGGACGUCCCAGAAAACAUCCUGUUAGAAUCCAGAGCGGUUGAUCUUUCAACAGACGAAGAGGAUGGAACACAUCAUGCUUCAGAAAGUAAAGAUGAUCAGAGUUCAUCUUCCAAUACCUCUAGCUCUCUGGAAGAAGAGUUUACAUCACUAGUAAAUAUCCCUGAUGCAGCUUUUAUUCAGGCAGCCUACCGAAAACGUGAAUUGGCCAGGGCCCAAGAGGACUAUAUUUCUUUGGAUGUAAAACAUGCCUUCACCAUCUCUGGUAUGAAGAAAAACACUGAAUAUCCUGAGAGUGAGACUGAUGAUGAUGAAAAUAUACCAUUUACCCCGAAGCCUCAAACACUUAGACAAAAGAUGGCUGAAAAAACAGCCACCAGAAAUGAAGAAACAAGUGAAGAUAGUGAAGAAGAUAAAAAAUAUCAAGAUAUUUGGGAAGAGCAGCAGAUGAGAAAAGCAAUUAAAAUCACAAAGGGACGAGAGAUAGAUCUUUCUCAUAGCAGUGAAUCUCAAACAGUGAAGAAGUUUGGUGCUUCCAUUUCAUUUCCACCAGUAAAUUUAGAAAUUAUAAAGAAGCAACUAAAUACUAGAUUAACAUUACUACAGGAUACUCACCGCUCACACCUGAGGGAAUAUGAAAAAUACAUAGAAGAUGUCAAGAGCUCAAAGAGUACCAUCCAGAACCUAGAGAAUUCAUCAAAUCAAGUUCUAAAUUUUAAAUUCUAUAAAAGCAUGAAAGUUUAUGUGGAGAAUUUAAUUGACUGUCUUAAUGAAAAGAUUAUCAACAUCCAAGAAAUAGAAUCAGCCAUGCAUGCACUCCUUGUAAAACAAGCCAUGAUCUUUAUGAAACGCAGGCAAGAUGAAUUAAAACAUGAAUCAGCGUAUUUACAAGAGUUAUCACGCAAAGCUGAGAUGUCAACAAAUAGAAGCUUGGCUAUAGAUGAAAAAACUCAAUGGAUUUUAGAAGAGAUUGAAUCUCGAAGGGCACAAAGAAGACAAGCAAGGGUUCUUUCUGGGAAUUGUACUCAUCAGGAAGGAACAUCUAGUGAUGAUGAACUAUCUCCAGCAGACAUGAUGGACUUCCAAAAAAGCCAAGGUGACAUUUUACAGGAUCAUAAGAAGAUUUUUGAAGAUGUACACGAUGAUUUUUGUAAUAUCCAGAAUAUUUUAUUGAAAUUUCAACAGUGGCGAGAAAAGUUUCCUGAUUCUUAUUAUGAAGCUUUCAUUAGUUUAUGCAUUCCGAAGCUUUUAAAUCCCCUAAUACGAUUUCAGUUGAUUAAUUGGAAUCCUCUUAAGUUUGAUUCCAUAGGUUUAAAACAGAUGCCAUGGUUCACAUCUAUAGAAGAAUUUAUAGAUAGCAGUAUGGAAGAUUCAAAGAAGGAAAAUCGUUCUGAUAAGAAAAUCUUAUCUACUGUCAUCAGCAAAACAAUUAUUCCUCGACUUACAGACUUUGUAGAAUUCAUUUGGGAUCCCUUGUCAACCUCACAGACAACAAAUUUAAUAACACAGAGCAGAAUGAUCCUUGAAGAACAUUCCACUUGUGAAAAUGAAGUUAUUAGUAAAGGCAAACAGGAUUUAAUUAAACCCAUUGUUUCAAGAAUGAAGAAGGCAAUAGAUGAUGAUGUUUUUAUUCCUCUAUAUCCAGUGAGUGCUGUAGAGAACAGAAUGUCACCACAUUCAAAGUUCCAAGAAAGACAGUUCUGGUCAGGUCUAAAGCUCUUCCGCAAUAUUCUUCUUUGGAAUGAACUCCUCCCAGAAGACACCUUGCAAGAGCUAGGACUAGGGAAGCUGCUGAAUCGUUAUCUUAUUAUAGCUCUUCUCAAUGCCAUACCUGGGCCAGAUGUUGUUAAAAAGUGCAACCAGAUAGCAGCAUGUUUACCAGAAAAAUGGUUCCAAAAUUCUGCCAUGAGAACAUCUAUUCCCCAGCUAGAAAACUUCAUCCAGUUUUUACUGCAGUCUGCACGUAAAUUAUCUACAAGUGAAAUCAGGGAUGAAGUCAAAGAAAUAAUUCUUAUUCUGGUGAAAAUAAAAGCUUUGAGUCAAGCAGAAUCCUUCAUAGAAGAAUAUCACCUAGACCAUCUUAAAUCAGUAAUUAAAGAAGUUUGAGUGAACUUUAUAGGAAAGUACUAAAAUGAGGUUUUAAUAUAGUCACACUUGGCUUUUUGCUUGGAGAAAGAAGGAAAAAAAAAAAAAAAGUGUUGCCACUUCUUUAUUCCCAGUAAUGGAGGGGAGGAUUUGCAACACCCAAAAAGCAGGACUCUGUCUUUCCAUUCCUUCCACCUUCUACCUUCUGGUAUCAUGAAAGGCUGGCCCUUUUUUUUCAGUGUUUGCAGGAAUUAGACACACAGGAACAGUAAGAGUUUAACAUAUUUCUAUUUCCAUUUGAUUUUUCCAUCGACUUUUCCAGCUUAAGAAAGGAGUUGAAGGAAGCUUGUUAUAGCUGUUUUGGCUUUGGUUGGUCUUCUGUCCUGAACCAUAAAAACCUCUUUUAGUUCUCUUCACUUUCACUAUCUCUGUUUACAGAUGAGUUUAAAUGAAAGUCUUAAUUGGGAUGAAUUACUUGUUAAGGAUUCUGAUUAAGGCAUUUUAGGGCUUUUGAUAACUACUGCUUGUCAAAUUGUUCUUCAGAAAUGUGUACCAAUGUAUUGUACCAACAGAAGUCUAAGAAAGGCCAAUGAAUCUCUACCAGCAAUAGGUAUUAUCAUUUUUUUAACUCAUUUGCACUUAAUAGGUGAAAAAAAUCUUAAUGAUUUGUUUUGGCUAUUAGAGAGUGACUACUUGUUUUUUGGCCAUUUAUAAUUCUUUUUGAAAUAUCUAUUCAUCUUUUUCUUAUGGAUUUGUAAGAGCUUUAUAUUUUAGAGAUACUGAUGUUCUGGGAAUUCCCUGGCAUCCAGUGGUUAGGACUCUGCACUUUCACUGCCGAGGUCACAGAUUCGAUCCCUGGUUGGGGAACUAAGAUCCCGCAAGCCACACAGCACAGCCAAAAGUAAAAACAAAAACAAAACAAAAAACAAAGAUACUCAUGUUUUGGCUGUGCUAUGUUAUAGUUUCCCUCAUUUGCCAUUUUCUUUAAAUUUGUGUAUGUUUUUGGUGUACUACGUUAUCGCUUGUUAGGUAGUUACUAUUUUUUGUUGUGGUUUUUUUGUCAUUGGUGGUAGGCCUAUACAGGAAACAAAUAUUUUAAAUAUUCAGCACAGGAAUUUCCCUCGUGGCACAGUGGUUAAGAAUCCACCUGCCAAUGCAGGGGACACGGGUUCAAUCCCUGGUCUGGGAAGAUCCCACAUGCCACAGAGCAACUAAGCCUGUGUGCCACAACUACUUAAGCCUGCACACCUAGAGCCUGUGCUCCACAACAAGAGAAGCCACUGCAAUGAGAAAUCCCCAUGCACCACAAUGAAGAGUAGUCCCUGAUCACUGCAACUAGAGAAAGCCUGCAUGCAGCAACGAAGACCCAAUGCAGCCAAAAAUAAAAAUAAAUAAAAUGAAUUUAUUAUAAAUAAAUAAAUAUUCAGCACAUGUGAUUCAUUUUCUAAUGAAAAAAUUUGUGUGAUUAAGAAAGUGAGGCAAGGUCAUUGAAUCAAAAAGAAAUUGAGGGACUUCCCUGGUGGUCCAGUGGUUAAGAAUCCACCUUCCAAUGUGGGGGACUCAGGUUCGAUCCUGGCUGGGGAACUAAGAUCCCACAUACUGUGGGGCAACUAGGCCUGCGUGCAGCAACUAGUGAGAGCCCCUAAACAAAGAGCCCCAUGCACUGCAAUGAAGACCCAGAGCAGCCAAAAAAAAAAAAAAAUUCUUUGUGGCACUCUCAAUAACUAUAAAAUAAAAACUUUGAAACAUGCUAUGUGUAUAAGAAUUAAAAAAAAAAAAAUUUUCAAAGUGAGUUUACUAAAAAUUUUUGUUAAAUCUUUUGUUUAAAUAACUUGAGGGCCAUCCUAAAUGUAUUAUGCAAAUUGUUGCCCAAAAGACAAUCAGGAAAAAAUUGAUUAUGUUUAGGAUUUGAGCAUGUGGCCUCUGACAUUAUCACCCCUAGUUUUGAAGCUGCAUGUAAUUUAUUUUAGCAGAUUGGUGUGUGAUUUCUACUCCAGUGAAGACUCAUGAUUCACUGGUAUGAACAGUUUUGUUUUUUUGUUUUUUUUUCGGUAUGCAGGCUUCUCACUGUUGUGGCCUCUCCCGUUGCGGAGCACAGGCUCCGGAUGCGCAGGCUCAGUGGCCAUGGCUCACAGGCCCAGCCGCUCUGCGGCAUGUGGGAUCUUCCUGGACCGGGGCACAAACCCGUGUCCCCUGCAUCAGCAGGCGGACUCUCAACCACUGCACCACCAGGGAAGCCCUGAAUAGUUUUUUAAAGUUUAUUUUGAUUACACAAAUUAUGAAGAGUAGAAUCUCAUCUAGAAAAUUCAAGCCAUUGCUAAAAAGGAUUUAGCAUUCUUACACAAUUAUGUUCCCAGAGGUAACUGCUGUUUUCAUUUUGUUAUCCUUUCAGACCUUUGCUCUACUUAAAAAGUAUGUAUGUGUGUAUACACACACAAAGACCUUUGUUUUUUAUAUAAAUGGUAGAUACUUUAUUGUGUAUAAAAUUUGUAACUUUUUAAUUGUUAAAGUGUACAUUUGAA